AUGGAUAAGACAGGUGAACGGGGAGACUUUGAAUGGGUCUACAGUGAUCAGCCUCAUACUUCACGAAGAAAAGAAAUAUUAGCAAAAUACCCAGAGAUCAAGUCCCUGAUGGGGCCUGACCCCCAGUUGAAGUGGGUGGUGACAGGGAUGGUCCUCACCCAGCUUCUGGCCUGCUACAUGGUCCACGACCUCCCCUGGAAGUGGGUGGUGUUCUGGUCAUACGGCUUCGGCGGCUGCAUCAACCACUCGCUGACCCUCGCCAUUCACGAUAUCUCCCACAACGUUGCGUUCGGCAACAAGCUGGCGCGCCUCAACCGCUGGUUCGCCAUAUGGGCCAACCUCCCCAUCGGACUGCCCUACUCGGCCUCAUUCAAGAAGUACCACAUCGACCACCACCGCUACCUGGGUGGCGACGGCCUAGAUGUGGACAUCCCCACAGACGUGGAGGGCUGGUUCUUCUGCACACCCCUGCGGAAGGUCCUGUGGCUCUUCCUCCAGCCGUUGUUCUACGCACUGCGCCCUCUAGUGGUGAACCCCAAGCCAGUCUCUAGACUAGAGAUGAUGAAUGCCGCUGUUCAAUUUGCAGUGAACUUUGUGAUAUUCUACCUAUGGGGGCUGAAGCCAAUUGUUUACCUCAUAGCCGGGUCCAUUUUAUGCAUGGGCCUACAUCCCAUCUCUGGACACUUUAUAGCGGAGCACUACAUGUUCCUGAAGGGCCACGAGACAUACUCCUACUACGGCCCACUGAACUGGAUCACCUUCAAUGUGGGUUACCACAUGGAGCACCAUGACUUCCCCAGUAUACCUGGCAGUAAGCUGCCUCAGGUGAAGAAGAUGGCAGCAGAGUACUACGACUCCCUACCACAGCACACUUCCUGGAUCCGGGUGUUGUGGGACUUUGUCUUUGAUGACAGCAUCGGUCCCUACACCAGGAUCAAGCGGGAAUAUAAGCUGGUCAAGCAGGAGUAG